GGACAACGUCGUGCUUUUUACAGACGCCUAUUCUAUACUAUGUUAGCUAGUACAUAUUACUAAAGGAUAUUUCCUGGCAGCAUGGAAGGCUUCAAAUCACUACUUCCCCCUUUUCUUCCCAAGAAAAAAAACAAAAAUGUGUUGAUCACUCGCAAAAUGCCCGAUGGUACAAUGAGAAUCGAUCACGAUGCUCUUCGACAGAUGUUGAUCAGACCUGAGAUCGGAGACAGACCCGUUGCAAUUAUCUCAAUAGCCGGAUGUAUGCGAACUGGAAAAUCAUUUAUUCUAAACUUUAUAAUAAGAUACCUUAAAGCAGAAGGGUGGAAGAACAAAGAUUGGAUUGGCGACGAUAGCACCAGUACGAAUGGACCGAGAUGGAGCAGCGGCAAAAAUCGAGUGACUGUUGGUAUCAGCAUAUGGAAUAAGGUGUUUUAUGUCCCGCAACCAAACAAUGGCAGUGAGAUGGCCGUAUUGAUAAUGGAUACCCAAGGGCUGUUUGACCAUAAGACCUCAAAGGAGGUAAAUACUGCGCUUCUGACUUUGAGCACAUUGGCGAGUUCUGUUCAGAUAUUCAAUGUCAAAGAGCGCAUUAACACCCAGCACUUGGAUUAUUUGAAGACGUGCGUUGAAUUUGCAAUGGCCACAGCUAUACUUGAGGAACCAUUUUUCAAGCUUCAAGUCUUGAAUUUUCUGGUAAGAGAUACUUUGGAUGAAUAUGAAGACCAACGGGCAUUCGGUAUGGAGAGUGGCCAGAACGACAUAAACGAAAUACUGGAGUCUGAAGAGGGCGGCAAAGAACAAGUCAGAAUCAGACAAGAAAUAAAAAAUAGCUUCACAAAAGUUAAUUGCUUUUGUCUUCCUCACCCAGGAAAACUGGCAACUACUAUAAGAUUUUCAGGCAGAAAUGAUGAACUCGAGGACGUAUUCAGAAAAUGGGUCAAGAAGUACGUUGAAAGCAUUGUCAGUCCACAACAUUUGCAGCCUAAAAUGGCAAAAGGAAAUAAUAAAAUGUCAGCGCGUGACAUCUUAAAUAUGAUCGUUGCAUGCGACGGGGCAUUCUCUGGUGGGGAAUACGAAGCAAGUAACUUGAAGGAGGCAAACAUCAGAGCUUACUAUUCAACUGAGUACGAGAAGGCACUACUAUACUAUGAUGAAACAAUGAAGAAUGCUCUUAAGGAGAAAUGUUACGUUGAGAAGGAAGAUCUUGAAGGAAGACAUAAUAACGCAAAAAGACUCGCGAAGAAAAGAUACGCCAGUGCAAAAGAAAUGGGUGACGGGAAAUGUAAACAAAACUUUGAAAAACAUCUGGAAACAAUGUGUGAUGAUCACUUUGAAACGAUCAAAACCAAAAAUGAGUUCAUGAAGAGAAAAAUAGAAUUGGAAAAGGCUCAGCUUGAGGCAAAAGCAGUUGCAGAAUAUCAAGAUCUUAUUCAACAAGCGGUGAUUUUAUGGGGUAUGGGUGAUCCGAAUGCAUUGUAUCACUUUCACUGCCAAUACCUUGUUCAAAUUCAACAAAAGUAUGGAGCUAAAGCAAACAUGGAAAACAUAAGUAUGGAAGCAAGCAAAUACUUCGAUGAUAUAUUGGCUCACAACCAAGAAAGAACCCGAGCCGAAAGCAUGAUAAAGGAGACAAGAAGGCGGGACUUGUACAAACUGAAAGUUGCUUUGAUUAAUAAAAGCGAAAAGAAAUGGCUAGAGAAAGCGGCUAAAUACCAAACCCCAGAUGAAAUGAAGUUACAUGCUGAAAAUAUUCGAAAAGAAGCUCAGGAAGAAUAUCUAGACAAAGGUUCAACUAAUGUAGAAAAGAAAUAUCUCAAUUUACUAAAAGUCAAGAUGAACUUAGAAUUCCAAAAUGCAAGAGGAGCGGCGGUGGUUGGACAGAAGAAUAAUUGGGGCAAGCGAAUGGCUGCAGAAUCAACAACCAGGGCGCCAAAGAGUCAGUUUCCGCUACCGAAUCAAGAAAGGCCGUACGCGCAGGUGGUAGACAGAAUUGUUAUAGGAUACAUCACGGAGCUGCUAUCUGCCCUGGACAAAGGUAGCAGUGCGGCAGGAAUGGAUCUAAGGAGACGCAGCGACGAGGAAAUAAAAACAAAACAGUUCUAUAAAGACUCUGGCUACGUGCUUCAAUACCUGGACGACUUGGAAUUGGAUCUUGCUGAAAGAAAAAGGAAAGCAGAGGAGAGAAAUAAAGACAAAUGGGUACUUGUCCAGAAAGAGAUAGAGAACAUGGUUGCGGAUAUUGUUAUUAAGGAAGAAAAAAAUCUUGAGAAGAUAAUGAUAGAUCGAUACAUCGACAGCACAGAGCUUGCAGAACACUACGCCCGAAUCCAUAAAAAUGUUAAUGACGAUAUGUCUUCACGAAGAGUGAGGUUUCUUAUGCCUUCAUACUUCUUGGAAGAGUUCAAUAAAGUCGCCGUGAUGAAGCUGAAAGAGUCGUAUGAGAAAAUGAAAAAAUCGAAUGAAAAGUAUGAAAAAAAUAGGAUCCCUAAUACCGAUAAAGUGCCGGAGGUAAAAAAAUCGUUGUGGGCAAGAAUAAAGGAAAAAUUCGCGAGUCUUUUUAGCGCAUGAUCACGACUGAAACAGAAAUUUCACAGCUGGUAACUUGUGCAUAUUAGUUUCGCCAAUAAUUUAAUUAAUUUUGACUUGAUAUUAAGCGGUUAUUGUACAAGAAGUGGACCUAUGGAUCGUUUUGAUAUUAUGUUAUUGUUGUUAGUAUUCUUCUUCUUAUGAAAAAAUCACUUUUCUCUUUCAUCCUUUUCCAUAUUGUUUUUCCCGAUUUCCAAGGACGAACAAGAAGGCCAAAACUUAGUAGUAUGGGUAUCCAAUCUGCCACAGGAGACAAAAUAGCAAAACGAAUCCCUCAGAACCCACAGAGAUUUUAGAAAUAAAUAAACGUAAAAGCCUUCUUUUAAUAAUAAAAAGUUGUAAUCAGUAGUAGUAAUUAAUUAGUAAUCUUACCGCACCACCAAAUCUGGUUACUUAAAUACGAUUUAUUAACUACUGGACCAAUUGCUUUGAAAUUUUCAUUUUUUGCUAAAAGGCUAUUACUUUCAUUUGUUUCAAACAUUCCUGUAUUGAACGCGCUUUUUUGUGUGAUAUGGCGUCAUCAAAAUGUGUCACCUUGUGGCAGUUUCGCUUCGCGUGAGAUUAUAUCCGGUGGUCAGCUGCGUUAAGGUACCGGAGGUUUACUGUGAAAAAUGUUAUACCCAUCCCACUUCGUUUUGAUUUUCGUGCCAAGCAUCGCUUUCUUGUCUAUUAAUGAUGAGAAACAGGUUUUCAAAGCUUCUGAUUCAAUAUUUUAUCUGCUACAAUGUUUUCUGUGAUAGAAAUCACUGAUGAUAUUUUACGAUUUUAAUGUUGCCUAUUUUAAGUUAAAUCAUGAUUCGUAAAUGUAGAUCAUUUUAUGAAAAAUGGAAAUAUCACUCAGUGGCCGUUUGUACAUUGAACGUGAUAGUUUUUAAUAUUAUAAGUUGAGUUAAGUUGUUAAUUAAUAUAUAGGCAUUUUUUCAAAUGUUCUAUAUUUUUGAUUUUUUGGUACUCUUAUCAGACUUAUUUUUUGAUUAUCGUUAAGAUUAUAAUCGUAACUUCACGUGUUUGGGUAUCGAUCAUCCAUGUAUACCAAAAUUGAAAUCAUUACUUUAAAAUUCACUCAUAUGAAAUUUGAAUUCACGCGAUAUACAAGCACUGCACAAUUUCCAAUAAAAUAUAGCAUUGUUUUAUUAUCUGUUUUAAAUCCAUAGUAGUUAAUUUUCAUGAUUUGUUUUCUGAAUAAUUUUGUGC